GGCGGAAGAGAGCAGAGCAGAAACAACAGCUCGGUCUUGGUGAAAUCCAAGAACCCGCCCCUCCCGCUCCGGCACGACCGUCGGAGAGGCGCAUUUGGAGUUUCACCCUUUUCAAUUCUCCCAUUCUCUCCAAUUUUGCCUCUUAUCUCUGUUUAUCCCCAUUCUCCUAUUGACAAUGGGAUCAGAGUUCUACCGCAGAAUCCCCCACCCCAUCUCCCAUUUUUCUUCUUCUCCUUAAUCAAAUCUGGUGGGGGGUUCUGGGUUGUUUGCUUCUUCUUUUGGUUUGGGGGGCAUUUCUGCUUGUAUCCUUUUUUUCUCAACUAUUUGAGUACAGAUCCGAGUUGUUGAGAAGGGGGGAAAUAAAUCAAAAUCCCAUUAAUCUAUUUGAAAAGGCUUUCCUUAAUCAAUAAUGGCACCCUCAAUCGGGUGGUGGGGGAAGGAAAGCCAAAGAGGAACCCCCGUGGCGGUGAAAAUGGAGAACACAAAAUGGUCCAUGAUUGAGCUAGAAGGUCCGUUGAAGGAAGAUUUCCUCAUCGGUGGCGGCGGAGGAGGAAUCGAGACUCCCACCCGGCUCCGAGACAAAUCUCGCAACAAAAAUGCCAAGCAGCUAACAUGGGUCCUCCUCCUUAAAGCCCACAAGGCCGCCGGUUGUUUAACCUCCAUUAGCUCAGCAAUGGUCUCCUUAGGCUCCGCCAUCAAGCGUCGAGUCAGGUCGGGUCGCACCGACGCAGACAUCGACAACACCGACAGCGGGCCGGGAGUUGUCGAGAACCCGACCGUCAAAACUCGAUUCCACUCUUGCAUAAAGCUCUUCCUCUGGUUGUCGGUGCUGCUUCUAGGGUUCGAGGUGGCCGCGUAUUUCAAAGGCUGGCAUUUCGGAGCCCCGCAUCUCCAAUUGCAACACCUCCUCGCAACCCCUCUCGAGUUUAGGGAUUUCUUCGACUCGAUUUACUCUGGGUGGGUUUUGUUCCGGGUUGAAUACCUCGCCCCGCCGCUCCAGUUCCUCGCAAAUGCUUGCAUCUUGCUUUUCAUCGUCCAAAGUGUAGACAGACUCGUCCUCUGCUUGGGUUGUUUCUGGAUCCGCUUCAGGAAGAUCAAACCGGUUCUCAAACAUGGCGCCGUUGCCGAUAUGGAAUCCGGUGAGAAGGGCUACUUUCCAAUGGUGCUUGUUCAGAUUCCCAUGUGUAACGAAAAAGAGGUUUAUCAACAAUCGAUUGGUGCCGUGUGCAAUUUGGACUGGCCAAAAUCCAAACUUUUGAUCCAAGUUCUGGAUGAUUCCGAUGACUCAACCACACAGUUGUUGAUCAACGAGGAAGUUCAGAAAUGGCAACAAGAGGGAGCUCGCAUUUUGUAUAGGCAUAGAGUGAUCAGAGAUGGCUACAAAGCUGGCAACCUCAAAUCUGCUAUGAACUACAGUUACAUUAAAGACUAUGAAUUUGUUGCCAUAUUUGAUGCAGACUUUCAGCCCACCCCAGAUUUCCUCAUGAGAACAAUCCCCCAUUUCAAGGACAAUGAGGAGUUGGGGCUAGUUCAAGCUAGGUGGUCUUUUGUGAACAAGGAUGAGAAUCUAUUGACUAGAUUGCAGAACAUUAACUUAGCUUUCCAUUUCGAGGUAGAGCAGCAAGUAAACGGGGUGUUCCUCAACUUUUUUGGGUUCAAUGGGACUGCUGGUGUUUGGAGGAUUAAGGCUUUGGAGGAUUCUGGUGGUUGGUUAGAGAGGACUACUGUUGAAGACAUGGAUAUCGCUGUCCGGGCUCAUCUCCAUGGCUGGAAGUUCAUUUUUCUAAAUGAUGUCGAGUGUCAGUGUGAAUUGCCUGAAUCAUAUGAGGCUUACAGAAAGCAGCAACACAGAUGGCAUUCUGGUCCAAUGCAAUUGUUUAGACUCUGUCUUCCUCAAAUCAUAUGCACAAAGAUUAGUGUAUGGAAGAAGUGCAACUUGAUAUUCCUCUUCUUCCUACUGAGGAAAUUGAUCCUGCCAUUUUACUCCUUCACCCUCUUCUGCAUAAUCCUCCCCAUGACAAUGUUCAUACCAGAGGUCGAGCUACCAGCAUUGGUUGUCUGCUAUAUACCUGCCACUAUGUCAUUCCUCAACAUCCUCCCAGCACCGAAAUCACUCCCCUUCAUAGUCCCAUACCUCUUGUUCGAGAACACAAUGUCGGUUACCAAGUUCAACGCCAUGAUCUCAGGUCUAUUUCAGCUCGGUAGCGCCUACGAGUGGGUCGUUACUAAAAAGUCGGGUCGUUCAUCAGAGGGCGACCUAGUAGCAUUGGGCCAAAAAGAGUCAAAGCAUAAAAGGGGGUCCUCCGAGCCUAAUUUGGUCGACAUGAAGGAAGAGUUAGUGAAGCAAGAACAGAAAGCGACGAAGAAGAAGAAGCACAACAGGAUAUACACAAAGGAGUUGUCUUUGGCUUUCCUUCUUUUAACUGCUGCUGCAAGGAGCCUGUUAUCAGCCCAGGGUAUUCAUUUCUACUUCUUGCUGUUUCAAGGAGUAUCAUUCCUUCUGGUUGGUCUAGACUUGAUAGGGGAGCAGGUUCAGUGAGAACCAAACAGGAGAGGAAAAUGGUUGAUUAGGGUUUUGUAGUUGUUAUACUGGAAUCAUUAUAAUAGUACAGUAAAAAAAUGGAUUGAAAUAGAAGUUUGAAGUGAAUCA